AAUCCCGCUGGCUGGCGCUUGCUCCCUCGACAUCCUCCUCCCUCUGCAUUCUGUCGCCUACUACCACCCCUCGCUCCCGCUCUUCCUUCCUCUAUAUAGUUGCAGAGAAUCCUCGGUCGUUGCACUCGAUCACCUACGGCGCUAGCUGCUCCAGUAGAUAGAUAUAAUUAAGCUCGUGCCGGCCGGCCGGCGCUGCUGGUGAAGCUACGGCGGCGCGGUGCUCAGCGACUAGGGGGGAACGGACGGUCGAUCGGACGAGGGAACGAUGGGGCGGUCGCCGUGCUGCGACAAGACGAAGGUGAAGCGGGGGCCGUGGUCGCAGGAGGAGGACGCCGUCCUCCGGAGCUUCGUCGAGCGGUUCGGCAAUGCCGGCAACUGGAUCGCCCUGCCCCAGAGAGCAGGGCUGAAGCGAUGCGGUAAGAGCUGCCGCCUGCGGUGGCUCAACUACCUCCGCCCGGAGCUCCGGCACGGCGGCUUCACCGACGAGGAAGACAACCUCAUCCUCUCCCUCUACGGCGACAUCGGAAGCAAGUGGUCGGUGAUCGCGUCCAGACUCCCCGGCAGGACGGACAACGACGUCAAGAACUACUGGAACACCAAGCUCAAGAAGAGGUACCUGGCAUCCACAAGAGAAGGAAGGCCGCCACCACCUCCUGCCAGCGACGACGACGGCAGCGCCACCGCCGCGGACAGCCGGUCCCAAGACGAUGAGGCCCCUCCGCCGACACCUCCAGCCCUCGCCAACCUCGACGACACAGCAUCAGAAACAGCCGCCGCCGCCGUCGACGACGACGCCCUCCUCCUCAAGUCGGAGCAUCUGUACGCGGAGCUCGUGGGCCUCAUCGAGCAGCAGUCGUCGUCGCUGACCACAAGUACUACCGGACCGCCGUCGUCGUCGACCGGGGAAGCGUCGUCGUCAGCAGCGACGCCGUCGUCCUCGUCUGGAACAAGUCCGACGACGGGUAGCAGCUCAGGGAGCCGCGCCACCGUGUGGCCCACCAGCAUGGACGUGCAUGGCACAACGCUGUUGUCCGAGUCCAGCAGCAGCCUGUUCGACGCUUGUUACGGCGUUGUUGGUGAUGACGCGUUCGGAGCGGCUCUGCUGCCCGCGUACUCCUUCCAAGACCUCCUGGCCGCGUCUUACGACGAGUUUACCGCGGUGACGCAGGAGUUGCAGUACUACUGACAUCGCAUGGCUUGGUCUCAAAGUUGGUGUUGUGUGGUACCAGUAGGUUGUGCUAGGCAGUGAUUAGAAGAUGAUGACGACAAGAGACGUCAUGAUGAUCGUUCGUGCAAUCCCGUUGAGUGCAUGUAUUAGACUGCCUAAAAACAGCGUAGUUGAUGCUGGAAAAAUUAUGCCAAUGCCACCAGCUCGUGCUGGUCCCGGGAACACUUCAUCGCACGCAACUUUGGACAACUCAGAAAAUUCACAUGGCCGCCAUAAGGUCCAUCUACGCCGUUCAACUCACAUCGAGAUUCAUGCCAAAAGGUAGGUGGGAAGAAUCGUGGGUACAUAGAGAUUCAUGCGGCAUGAGGAAGAUGGAUGACCACGAUAACUCGUGUGUGCACAUACACAUGUGAAGCUGCUUUUUUGCCUACCUCCCCCGCCUUUCGUAGCCAUGCGACUCGGGCACUCACCUGACUGUAAAUAAAGUAUUUUUCUUUGGCAAAUGUGCAUGUACAUGAUUCACAA